AUGACCCGAACACAGAACCCUCUCAAGAUUGCAGUUGUCGGCCUUGGUCGCAUGGGCAAACGCCAUGUCCACACACUGCUGUAUCGUGUACCCCACGCCCAGGUGGUGGGGGUAUGCAGCUCCGACGCGAGCGAGGUCAAGUGGGCCCAGAACAACCAAGAGUACACCGAUUUCGGCAUCACCGUCUACGACGACUACGACCAGAUGCUGGAGCACCCGGGCUUACAAGCAGUCUGGAUCUCCAGCAGCACAGACGUCCACGCCAGCCAAUCUCUGGCGGCGAUCGCGAAGGACCUACACGUCCUCUGCGAAAAGCCACUCAGCACCGAUCUUGCGGAGGCGCAAUCCGUCGUCGACGCCGCCCGAGCCAAGCCCUCGCUGAAGGUGAUGGCGGGCUUCUCCCGCCGGUUCGACGCCUCCUACCGCGACGCCAGCGCCAAGAUCUACGAGCAGGGCGCCAUCGGGACCCCGUUCCUGGUCCGCUCCAACACGUGCGACCUCCGCGACGAGACGGGCUUCUUCGUGCGGUACGCGGCCCGCAACGGCGGCAUCUUCGUCGACUGCGCCAUCCACGACAUCGACCUCUCCCUCUGGUUCCUGGGGAACCCGACCCCCAAGGCGUGCUGGGCGGCCGGCACCCUGCAGCAUCACCCGGAGCUCCGGGAGCUGUCCGACGUGGACAACGCGGUCGGGGUGGUGGAGUUCUGGGGCGGCAAGAUCGCCUACUUCUACUGCUCGCGGACGCAGGCCCACGGCCACGACGUCUGCACGGAGAUCACGGGCACGGAGGGCAAGCUGAUGGUCAACGUGGUGCCGCGGCAGAAUAACGUGGUGCUGGCGGAUAAGCUGGGGAUGCGCCACGAGGUGCAGCCGGAGUACUGGGAGCGGUUCGAGCAUGCGUUCGCGCUGGAGGCGAAUGAGUUUAUUGCGGCCGUGCGCGAGGAUCGCGAGGUGCCGCUGCCGCUGGAGGCGGGCAUGAAGGUCAUGCUGAUCGGGCAGGCGCUGCAGCAUGCUUUGUUGUCUGGGGAGGUGGUGCGAUUUGAUGAGAGUGGGGAGCGGUUGAACUAG